CAUAUAGGCGUGGUCUUUAUUGGCUGAGUUUGUGCUGUUUAGAUCAUCUUAAUUGUAGUGGCCAUCUUCAGUUAAUGUUGGAUGUUUUCCCUUAAGUGUUAGCGGAAUUGUCUAGAGGCAGAAAUGGCUGCUAUCCGCAAAAAGUUGGUUAUAGUUGGGGAUGGUGCCUGUGGUAAAACAUGCCUGCUCAUCGUCUUCAGUAAAGACCAGUUUCCUGAAGUAUAUGUCCCAACUGUUUUUGAAAACUACGUUGCUGAUAUUGAAGUUGAUGGAAAGCAGGUAGAGCUGGCACUGUGGGACACUGCAGGUCAGGAGGACUAUGACCGUCUCCGUCCAUUAUCGUAUCCAGACACUGAUGUCAUACUCAUGUGCUUUUCUAUCGAUUCCCCUGAUUCCUUGGAAAACAUCCCAGAAAAGUGGACCCCCGAAGUAAAACAUUUCUGUCCAAAUGUUCCAAUUAUUCUUGUUGGGAACAAAAAGGAUUUGAGAAAUGACCCAAAUACAAUAAAGGAAUUGGGAAAGAUGAAGCAAGAGCCUGUUAAGCCUGAAGAAGGCCGAGCUAUGGCUGAGAAGAUCAACGCCUUUGCGUACUUAGAGUGUUCAGCAAAGAGCAAGGAAGGUGUGCGUGAAGUCUUUGAAACUGCCACCAGAGCUGCUCUUCAGGUGAAGAAGAAGAAGAAAGGCCGAUGCCGACUGUUGUAAGCUCCUGUUUUUCUCUUUCACUGGCUGUUACCGAAUGGGGCUCCUCAACGGUUUUAUUUUAUUCCAAGUCAACACAGUUCAAGUGACUUGACAUGACUUUUCUAUUUGAUGUUGUAAUUAUGCCAAAUUUCUAAUUGUUGAUUUUCUGUUUGUGUCUAUACCAGCUUAGGACUUUAAUGUAGAGAUGGAACGAUAUUUCCGCUCCCGCAGAUCUUUCGUCUUCCUUGCUAUUGCAGCUCAUAAGAUCAAACAACGGGAGACUUGAUCUUUAAAAAAUUAUUUUUAUAUUUCCAACGAUCUUAGGUUGUAUCCUCAUUUCAUUGUUUGGCUUGUAUAUUGUAAGUCGCUUGUAUAGUUAGUUAUAACAGUUAAUAUUACUCGCACUUUAUCUUUGUCGUUCCAUCUCUAAAAUAAUUUCAAAGCAUUCUUUUGUAGUGUGUUAUGUUCAGCUUAAAUUUAUGUUUUUAUAGGAGUAAACAACAAAUGUACCAGUAGCCUUGUAGAGUUUAUUUAUUUUUGUUUGCUUUUGAUUAAAUGAAUCUACCAGUACUUGUUGGAAAUACUGUCACAAAUGAGCUGAGAAGACACAACAUUAAAUUGAACUUAUAAUAAAAAUUUUGUAUGCAAUAGGAUUAAAUUUUGUACUCUGGAAUUGACA